AUGCCGCCGCUCAUGCGCUUCCCCGCGCCCGCUCUCCCGCAGCUCUUCUCCCCGGGCCUCGACAUGGAGAGCCUCGCGGCAGCCAACAGCCCAUACCGACAACCCGCACCUCCGCCCCAGCUGCCCAUGCUCCAGCUCCCAGGCCGCCAUCAGGAGCCACUGUGGUACGACCCAAACGACGACAAGCAGGCAGGCCCCUCGUGUCCGCACAAGAGCAGGUGGCCGGCCUGCGGAGCCCAUGUGUCGGCAGAGAAGAGGCUCGCUGCGUUCACCGACGACGAGGUUGAGCAGAUCAGCCAGGACAUCGGGCUCAUCGUCCGCAGAGAGUUUGACUCGUGGGUCGAGGCGUGCUGGACGGAAGCGUUCCAUCACGUCUUCACGCGCACGAUCCCGACGUUUCUUAUCUCGCUCAUCCUAGCGGGAGCAUCACCAACGUUGAUGCGGAAACACAUCGUUCAUGGGGGACCAGAACUGGACCGAAUAUUCAUGUCCGACAUGCUCGACCAUCUGUACGCGGAACUGGAACGACGGCUGUCCGGACGGCUAGAUGUGGGCGUGCGAGGGGAAGUCGCGGAUGCUGCUCCCCUAAUCGGAGCUGGAGGGCUAGGAGCGCAGCCGCCCGCCGUCCCGCCAGGUCUUCCGCGCGACGGAGUGUGCACGUACGACCUGGGUCCAUCACACGGCCGACCGCUAGAGGAGGACGAACACGCGGCCUGCCUGUGCCAGCUGACGACAUGCCUGUCGUGUCUGUCCGAGGCGGCUUUGAAGCGCAAGACGCCGGUCGGCCUGCUGCCGUACGAGCUGCGCGACUCGCCCAUGGCGAUCCGGUGGCAGGGCCGUAUCGAGACACAGGCGCAAGCGCGAUCGCGAGCAUGCCCAGAGCCGCCAGAGCGCAAUCCGCCAGCACCGCUACCAAAAGGCGUGGGGUUCCAGCGCGUGACGCGUUCGCCAGCGUCGAAUCCAGCAUCCCGGCCCCAGAUCUUCCCGCAUCCGCAAAUGACCGACGUGCUCGCUGUCGAGGAGCACCUCCGCUGGCGGCUGAAGGAAAUGGGCGCGGUCGAUCCCGCCGUCGAGGCGCGGUACGGGCCUAGCACGAACGCGCCCGCAGCGCUUGAGGGCUUGGAGUCUGCCCUGAAGCCGCUUGACGAGGAUGGCAAGAGCGACGCCAACGGCAAGAACGGCCGCAAGAUGACGACUGGCCGAAGCAAAGCCCGCUUCAACAAGUCGGUCAAGGCGCCGCCCAAGGCCAAGACGCCUGCGAAGAAGGUCUACCUCCCUGCCGAGUGGGCGGAGAUGGAUCCCAACGUCCGUAACAUGGCCGUUGUCCUGACCUUUCGCCACUUUGUCAAGGCCGCGUCGACGUCGUCCCCCUUCAGCUACGCGGGAUACACAAAGGACGUUGCCGCGCUCGAGUCCGCACACCCGAUUGCAAUGUAUCGCCGGCUGACGGAACCGUCUGCGCGAAAGCGGGAGCGGGGCGCGACACUAGGCCGCGCUUGGGCCGAGUGCAUGGACAAGUGGAUGGAGGAGCUGGGCAUGCGGGAGAAGGCGCUCGGCAACGUCCACGUCAACAACGGCAACUACGUGACUGCCGCAUUAGCUUAUACGCGCGCGAUCAGCCUCGACGGGAAGAAGACGGUGUACUACACGAACCGCGUCGUCGCGCUCAACGCGAUGGGCGAGCACGAGGCCGCCGAGGCGGACUGUACGCGUAUCCUGGGCAAGGAUCCCAAGAACUCGAAGGCGUACUACCAGCGCGCCCUCGCGAGGAAGGGGCUCGGCAAGUGGCGUGAGGCAGAGCAGGACCUCAACAUGGUCAUCAAGCUGCAGCCUAAUGAGAGCGCGCGGAAUCUCCUCGACACGGUCCGCGCCGAGGUUAAGAAACUGCCCAAACUGAGGCAUGAAGAUGUCCUGAACUUCUAG